UAUACAACCCAACAUACACUAUAACCUAGUGAUGUAAAUACUAACAAACAUUGACCGUUUGCCUACUGUGGUUGACUAUUAGGAACAUUGUACAAUAUAACAAAAUAAAAUGAGUUCUAUUGACGAAAGUGCCACUAAUCUGGGACCCGUCUUCAAAUCCGGAAGUUUUGUGGCAUCCAACAAAGCUGGUAACAAGAAAAGGGCUUGGAAAUCACUGAAACAAAUUCUUUCCUCUGAAAGAUCUCUACCCUGGCCAGAAGAUCAAAUUUUGUACAGUUCUAUCAACGCACCACCGUCAUUUCUACCAGCUGAGAAGUUUUCAGAUCUCUCUGGAUUGCCUGCACCCUACUCAGAUCCACAAACAAGACUAAGAUUUGCAAAUAAGGAGGAAUACAGUACACUAGCCACCAUGCCAAUGGACAUUACUGCUGGAUAUUUAGCUUUGCGUGGUGUUAGUAGUAUAGUUGGUUAAAUUAUGAUCCUCAAUUUAUUAACUCAUAUAAAUUUAGACCAUUUUCUUGACUUUAAUUGAUAAACUUGUGAAUAAUUGUGUAUUUCGAAUAUUUUUAUUAUUAAGUACAUCAUUUAAUAAUGUUUAAAUGUUGAAAAUCAUAUUCACUUUUGAAUGUUUAUUUUUCGAGUUUAUAAAUAUAAACAAAAAUUAUUUGAAAAGAAAGAAAUAAAA